GUAGGUGCGGCGACCCCCGCUCGCGUUCCCGCCAUGGAGGUACUGCGGCGCUCCUCGGUCUUCGCCGCCGAAAUCAUGGACGUCUUUGAUCGCUCUCCCACCGACAAGGAGUUGGUGGCCCAGGCCAAGGCGCUCGGCCGGGAGUUCGUACACUCGCGGCUGCUGCGCGCCGGCCUGGCCUGGAGCGCGCCCGAGCGCGCCGCGCCCCCGGGCGGCCGCCUAGCCGAGGUGUGCGCCGUACUGCUGCGCCUGGGGGACGAGCUGGAGCUGAUCCGGCCCAGCGUCUAUCGCAACGUGGCACGGCAGCUGAACCUCUCCCUGCAGUCCGAGACCGUGGUGACCGACGCCUUUCUGGCUGUGGCCACACACAUCUUCUCUGCAGGUAUCACGUGGGGCAAGGUGGUGUCACUAUACGCAGUGGCCGCGGGGCUGGCUGUGGACUGUGUGCGGCAGGCUCAGCCCGCCAUUGUGCACGCCCUCGUGGACUGCCUGGGGGAGUUCGUGCGCAAGGCCCUGGCCCCCUGGCUGCGGAGGCGCGGAGGAUGGACUGAUGUCCUCAAGUGCGUGGUCAGCACGGACCCCGGCCUCCGCUCCCACUGGCUGGUGGCCGCGCUCUGCAGCUUCGGCCGCUUCCUGAAGGCCGCUUUCUUCCUGCUCUUGCCGGAGAGAUGAGCCGCUUGCCUCGGCAGUGGCCGCAGCCUGGCCCUCGGGGCUGGCGCAGGAGGCUUGCAGCCUGGAGAGUAUCUCCCUCCUCCCCGCUGGCUGCUGGGUGGCCUGCCCUGAGCCCCUUCCCUCGCAGACCCAGGCCUGUGGGCAUGGGAGAGGGGAGGGACCCCUGGGCUGGGGGUGGGUGCUGGGCCCCCGUUGUGUGGCCUCUCCUGGCAUCCACUGUCCCCGUUUGCUGUGGGACCAGACAACUCAGGGCCCACUUCCAGGCCCAAAAGGGAGGGGGCUGGGAGGACUGUGCUCUAACUCAGCACCCUGUCCCCUGCAGCCCGUGUGGGGGCCCUCCCCCGAUCUCCAGCUGUACUCGAUCUCCACAGGCGAUAGAGCCUGCACGUUCAGAUGAUGAGCACACUGGCCUGGUCAGAGCCCACAGUGGCUGUGGGGUCCUCUGACCCUUAACCAGAGUGUAAGGCUCAUGCCUUGUCUGCUUGACCCAGGUCUGAGGAGGACAUUGACCCUGGGCAGGGCCCUCGUGGCUGGAGGGGCGUGGUUCCAGGCUGGCACAUUUGACCAAUGAACGCAGAGCCCUGCUGAUGAGGACAGAGCACUUGGUCCCAAUAAAGUCUCAUGUUAACGAGGGCGGCUCCAUCUGCUUUCCUUGUGGCCCGCCUGCAUACAGCUGCCCAGGACCUGCCCAAUGGCCCCUCUGGGCUUGGAUGCCUGGGAAGCUUAGCUCCUCAGGGUGCACUGAGUCCCGACUACGCUCCCCAGCAGGACACACGUGUGAUGUCCUUCCUGGGGCACCCCAGCCAGCCCCCUCAGCCCCUGGCACUGGCUGCAGGUGCUCAGGAGAGGCAUGCAAGCUGAACACACCACUAGCCAGUGGGACCCUGCUCCGUCCUUUGUAACUUCUUAGCCAAGAGGGAUCUCAAGAGGGACCUGCCCAUGUGGUCCCCGGGGUGAGGUGAGGCCUGGGCUGGCAGCCACCCCCGCACGCCAAGAGCUGCCCCCUGGGUCCUCCCCACCAGGCUGUCUGCUGGGGUAGAGCGGGGGCAUGUGCAGGACAGACAAGGGGUCUGCAAAAAGCCAGCCCCAAAUCAUGAAGCUUAGGUCCCACUGGAAGGCUCCACACAGUAGUAUUUUCACUUUAUACGCUGCCACUGCACUUCAUACAGUCUCCGCCUAUAAACUAGUGAGGUAGGGGAUUUGCUUGAAAAUAACCCAGGCAGUAU